UGGAAGUUCAAGCACACAACGCUGAAGACCUGUCCUGAGGGUGCUUUAGAAAGUCUCCAGAGGGUCAUUCCAUGGGGGAAAAUCCUGCCAAGAGCCAUUAUGCACAGCUUAACCAAGGAGAAGAGAAUGAGAUGGAGAUUUUUGGCUACAAAACCCAAGGCUGCCGAAAGGCCUUGUGCAUUGCUGGAUACAUCUUGUCCUGUGGGGCUCUGCUGCUGCUGUUUUACUGGAAGCCGGAGUGGGAUGUGUGGGCAAACUGCACCCGCUGCAGCUUGGGAGAAGCAGACGUUGUUCUGCUCAGAACAACAGAUGAAUUUCGGAUUUAUUCUCGUAAGACUGUGACAUGGAUCUCUGUGUCUGCACUUAUCAGAAGUAGGUCAGAUUAUCCAGCCACUGCUGAGGAAGACUCAAUCUUCAGCAAAGCCAUAAUGAAGACAAGUUUGCAAGUGAAAAGUAUCCAAGUACAAAAAAUCCGCUAUGUCUGGAAUAUCUAUGCAAAAGAGUUCCAGAAAGUCGGAGUCCUAGAAGACCACCACACUUGCUCAGCUAUACAUGCCAAAUUUGGUUCUGGUCUCACCUGCAAUGAACAGAAUGUCAGGAGAGUUAUAUGUGGGCCAAACACUAUUGAUGUUCCAGUGAUCCCUGUUUGGAAACUACUCAUCAAAGAGGUCUUAAAUCCAUUUUACGUGUUCCAGCUAUUCAGUGUGUGUCUGUGGUUUGCUGAAGAUUACAUGGAGUAUGCCACUGCCAUCAUAAUCAUGUCUCUCCUCUCGAUUUUUUUGACUGUAUAUGAUCUUAGACAGCAAUCGAUUAAACUGCACAGACUGGUUGAGUCUCAUAACAACAUCAUGGUCACUGUCUGCAGAAGUACGGAAGGUUUCCAAGAGCUGGAAUCACACCAUCUUGUUCCUGGAGAUACGCUGGUUUUGAAAGAGGGCAAAACCCUUUUGCCUUGUGAUGCGAUCCUGAUCAGCGGGCAGUGCAUUGUAAAUGAAAGCAUGCUGACAGGGGAAAGUAUUCCGGUAACAAAGACCCACUUACCCCAAGCUGAUAACUUCAAACCCUGGAGAAUGCACUGCGCAGAGGAUUACAAAAAACAUGUCCUCUUCUGUGGAACAGAGGUCAUACAGACCAAAGCAGAUGACAGAGGAGUAGUGAAAGCUGUGGUGCUGCGGACUGGUUUCAAUACAGCCAAAGGGGAUCUGGUGAGGUCCAUUCUGUACCCAAAACCCAUGAACUUCAAGCUGUACAGAGAUGCCCUCCGGUUCCUGAUGUGCCUCAUAGCAUUUGCAGCCAUUGGAAUGAUCUAUGCAGUGUGUGUAUUUGCACUUAAUGGGGAGGAGGCAGGAGAAGUGGUGAAGAAGGCUUUGGAUGUUAUCACUAUUGCUGUCCCCCCAGCUCUGCCAGCUGCCUUGACAACAGGGAUCAUUUAUACUCAGCGGAGGCUGAAGAAAAAGGGCAUCUUCUGCAUCAGCCCACAGAGGAUCAACAUGUGUGGACAGCUGAACCUCAUCUGCUUUGACAAAACUGGCACCUUAACAGAAGAUGGCCUGGAUCUUUGGGGCUUGCUGCCCUCUGAAAGAAACUGCUUCCAGGACAUUCACAGCUUCCCUGCGGACCACAGCCUGCCUUGGGGCCCAGUGUUCAGAGCAAUGGCGGUUUGUCAUUCGCUAAUUGUUUGGCAGGGCAAGAUCCAAGGAGACCCACUGGAUGUGAAAAUGUUUGAGGCCACUAACUGGGUGAUAGAUGAUUCCAGUGGACACCAGAUUGAAGGUCAAGGAUCCACACAUGCCACAAUUGUUAGACCCGGGCCUAAAGCCAGCAGUGCCCCGGUGGAAGGAAUUACCAUUUUACAUCAGUUUCCAUUUUCUUCAGCUUUGCAGAGAAUGUCUGUCAUUGCCCAGGAAAUUGGUGGGGAACAGCAGGUCUUCACAAAAGGGGCUCCAGAAAUGGUAGCCAUGUUAUGUAGAGCAGAAACAGUCCCAUCAAACUUUGAAAGCAAGCUUCUGCUCUACACAGCACAGGGCUUUAGGGUCAUCGGACUGGCAUGUAAAUCUCUACAGGCGGGGAAGCAAUCUACUGAUCUAACAAGGGAGGAGGUAGAAUCUGAUCUGACAUUCCUGGGUCUGCUGAUAAUGGAGAAUCGAUUAAAGAGGGAAACAAAGCCUGUCCUGGAAGAGCUCACUGCUGCCCAUAUCAGGAGUGUUAUGGUCACAGGUGACAACAUUCAGACAGCUGUGACUGUUGCCAAAAAUGCUGGCAUGAUUUCUCCAACAAACAGAGUGAUUCUUGUGGAGGCAAACCAAAUGCCUGGAUCUUUUUCAGCAUCUAUAACCUGGAAACCACUAGAAGAAGAUAAAACUGAAAAUUACAGAAGCCUGGAGGAUGACAGUCAGACUGAAAGAAGAAUCAGGCUGGCGUUGGAAUCAGGCCAAUAUCAUUUUGCCAUGAGUGGAAAAUCUUACCAAAUUGUAGCACAGCAUUUCAGGCACUUACUUCCAAAGGUAAGAUCUGGAUUAUUUAUUAUUAUUAACUGGAGUAGGUUUGCAUUCCAAAUGUCUCCUGGUCAAAAAUCCAGCCUCGUAGAAGAGUUUCAAAAGCUGGAUUACUUUGUGGGCAUGUGUGGAGAUGGAGCCAAUGAUUGUGGGGCUCUGAAAGUGGCACAUGCAGGGAUAUCACUGUCGGAGCAGGAGGCAUCUGUGGCUUCACCUUUCACAUCCCAAACCCCCAGCAUAGCAUGUGUGCCAGAGCUAAUCAGGGAAGGCCGUGCUGCCCUCGUCACUUCCUUCUGCAUGUUCAAGUACAUGGCACUGUACAGCACCAUUCAGUACCUUGGUGUUCUCCUACUGUACUGGCAACUAAACUCCUUUGGGAAUUACCAAUUUUUGUUCCAAGAUUUGGCUAUUACCACUGUAAUUGGUGUGACAAUGAGUUUCACAGGUGCCUAUCCAAAGCUGGUUCCCUACAGGCCUCCUAGCCAGCUCAUCUCUCCCCCGUUGCUGCUCUCUGUUGUACUUAACAUCCUCUUCAGCCUCAGCAUGCAGAUCUUCGGGUUUGUGGUCGUUCAGGAGCAGCCUUGGUAUUCCAAGACUGAUAUACACAGCGCCUGCCUCUCAAUGAACAACCACAUGGAGAAUUAUUCCUCUAUUUCUAGCCUGGGGCUCCAUGGGAUAAGAGGUGAAGCCCUUGAGCAAACGGCCAAUGGCUACAAGAGCUAUGAAAACACCACAGUGUGGCUGCUAAGUACCAUCAACUGCCUCAUUGUAGCCCUAGUGUUUUCCAAGGGAAAGCCUUUCAGGCAACCCAUCUACACAAACUAUGUGUUCAUACUGGUGCUCACAGGGCAGCUGGGCAUUUGCCUCUUCUUGGUGUUUGCCGAUAUUGAUGAUCUCUACUCUAAGAUGGAUCUUGUUUGCACCCCUACCACGUGGCGAAUCUCCAUGGUGAUAAUGCUGGCAGUCACACUUGCUGUGUCCUUCCUUGUCGAGGAAGCUGUCAUCGAGAACAGACCGUUAUGGCUGCUGCUGAAAAAGACCUUCCGGUACCACUCAAAGAGCCAUUACAAGAAGCUGCAGCGAGUGGUAGAGCAGGACUCAGCCUGGCCGCCUCUGAAUGAAACCUUCUUCUCAGAUUCUGUGGCAAUAUCAGUAGAGAGAAAUAUGGGAGGCCAUAGCAAUCCAACGUUUGACAGCAAUGAGGACACACUCUGA